UUGCGAUGUUCGUUUAAUUAGGUAAUUAAAUGUUCCGAUUGGGUUUUUGAUUCGCACCGCUCGAAAACCAUCCAAUAGACGAAACGUUUCCAAAUUGAGAAAAACACGCUGUAUCUUCCAUUUAUGGCUUUUAUUCUGCAAAAGUUUCCUGUUAAUUUUUGGAUGCUCUUCUGGUUCGCUUUUAAAACAUUGAUGCUGUCGAAUUCAAGUUCCAUCAAGAAAUAAAUAAAUUGUUUAUGCGUGCUGGUCGAGGUGUUUAUCUUGAGCAUGCCUGUGAACGGUCGAAAAAAAUAGUUUUUGUCCAAACAUGUUUUGAUGUGGACGCAGUAACGUUCAGGUGUCUCAAUAAGGCAAAACCGGGCAUUUUGUUCGAUUUAUAUUCCCGUAGUGGACACGUUUCGUUAUGGAUGAGAUUCGAAUGCUGGUGAAAGAUGUGUUGCACAAGAUUCAGGAUAUACCCGAUAUUCCUUUUAACGCUGUUAAAAUGUCUGAAGUAGCCUCGGAAAACUGGCUUUCUGCGCCAACAUCCACAUCGGAUUCUCUGGAUAGUGUUGCGACACCAAACAGCCAUUCAGAUGGAGACACGCCUGUAGAAGGGACCCAGAAACUGUCCCCAAAGUUGACGAUGAGGAAAUCGGCCAGCAUUUCCAACCAUUUGGGAUCGCUGCAUGUUUCAAGCAAACAGUCCUUCGAGUCGGUGAUCAGCGACUCCAAUUCGGCCCCAGUUCUGUCCAGAGAGGACAAACCUCUUCCAGCCAGGAUCAUAAUGGGAAAACGAGACCUGCUGAGGUCGAGAAGCACGGAAUUGAAGAGUGAAGAGGCCGUCGUUGUGCACGAGCUGGCUUUAAGUACUCUAAGCUCUUCUACCGCUGGGAACCUGGAAGGUUUAAAUGCAUCUUCUGGGGGCUUUUGCAACAUGCUAACACUGCACACAUCGUUGCAAAGAGGAAUAUUUUUCAGGAUGUCCAAAGAAUCCCGCAGUACCGACGACGACGGUACCAGUUCAAACUAUUCGGCAGGCAGCGCCAAAGAGCCGGAAGGUGUAAGCGAUGGAAGCAACUCUUUUCCGCCGGAAAGUGACGAUUUGAACCUGAUAAAUUCCGCGGAAAACCUGCCUAAGGAAACCAGCAACAACUCGACGUUAAGCUGCAUUGAAAGCAACGAGAAGGAGUUUGAUUCCAAGGUGUUUCUUCAGGAGGCUCUGGGCGAUAUGUUUAGUGACUCGCAGUAUACGGUCUCCACAAUGAAAAGCUCCAAGCUACAGCACUCUAUUAGUGUGGAUCCGGUCAGCGGUGGAGGGUCGCUCAUUUCCAGGGCAGGAACCGUCUAUAACUCAAUGAGGAGGAGUUUGAGGCGCGCGUGUUCGUUCAGAGAAGCAACUGCUGAGGACAAUGCCACCAUUAGGAGCCAAAAUAGAGUCCGAUGCCAGUCGUAUUCACCUCAACACUUCACUUCCGUGGAAAAUUUAAUGCGGGACUUGUACGUGCAAAACGGCAUCAUUUUCCAGGUAUCAAAGGCGCUGACUUUUUGCAGAAAAUCCAAAGACGUUACCAGUACGGAGUACAUAGAGGCGGAAAAGAUCCUCUUAGUUGCUUCUUGCCAAAAAGAAGCAACUCAAGCCGCUUUGGACCUGCUACAGUUCGGCGACAAGCCGAACGAAAACUACCCGCAUUCAGGCACCCUGCAAAUAUCCGACUUGGCUUUCCAGCUGCGAAAGGACCAUGCUAGCGAAGAAGAACCGGCGAAAAAAUUCGAAGAAUAUUUCGUCGUUCUCCUCACUAGUGGAAAGACGGUUUUAGCCAGCCAAGUUCUGCUGGCUGAUCACACUGGUGUGAUUAAAUCCGAAAAACACUUCGAAUUCACCGGGUUGCAUACGGACUUUGAAGUAAACGUUUCCAUUUACUCCAUGCAGGUGAAAUGCGGCCAUUCGACCGAUGGAAAACACCCGAAAAAGGAGCGCAGUUUGUUGAGUCCCUACGCAAAAAUCCUGUUCCACUUGAACAGCCACAAAUCGUCACGCCGCAAUCUGCAAGUUGAUAACGUUUCGAGCAUCAAACCAUCCUCAUUCACCUUGUGGGGAUCAUGCGUGAUGUGUUGCGCGGAUAUACAGAAAACGCACUUUCGAUUACAUCACGUCUCCCUGCAAUCCUCCUUGGAUGGACAGUUCACCGCUGCUCUGAAGGGGGAUGUUAAACUGAGCAAUAGAAUGGGAGGUUUUUUGACUAUUGGAUUCGAAGAUAAAACUCCAUUGGUUUGGAAUAGACGAUGGUGCGUCCUGAGCGGACAUUUAUUGAAAUACUGGAAUUAUCCGUCGGAGGAGUUCAACUCCCAUCCAGUGGGCGUGAUUGACUUGAGCCGUGCGGCCGCACAAGCGACUUCAGCAGUUAGGAGUGUCUGUCCAAGGCCGAAAUCGCUGCUUUUACAGAUACAAAGCAGGGAGCAGUCGGUGUUGGCUUAUUUCCUAACUGCCGACACUCUGGAGGACAAGGAACGAUGGAAAACGGACAUCAACUUUGUGAUCGAAACGUUGGAGUGCUGGAACUGUCUGCGUGGCAAUGAACUGGUCAGUUCGUUGUAGGGAGUCCGUAGCUACUAGUAUAUUCGCAUAACUAUUAUGGUACCUGUUUUUAAAGUAUGACGAUUUUUUGGCUUUUAUAUAUGACGUCUGAAUAGUAAGGCCCAAGUUGACCCCCAAUUAGGGCAAAGUUAGUAUGGAUUAUAUUAUUUUGAGAAAAUAUUGUUCUUUUGUAAGUAAAUAACGGCUGUUAAUAAUGAAAGGUUGUAAUAAACCAAUAAAACCUACUUCAUUUGGA